GAGUGCCACGAGCCCUAAUGGCAUUCCACCCCAUUGUAGUCUUCGUGAAGGCGAUGGGGAUGCCGAGGAUGCCAUCUCGACCACUCCAAGUAGCAGCAUAGGUUGUCUGUCGCGGUUCGGCAGCGUCGCGAGCAUUACUGGCAGCGAAUCAAGCGUCAUGUUUUCGGAUGUAAGCAGUUGCGUUGCGGUCGAUAUGGGAGGCGACUCCAGUGUGAGAAGGGGAUCCUGGUGAGAUUCAUUCACGUCUCGCUUUCUUCGUUGGUAUCUGAGUUUUGCAAAGCGGCUCCGGACAGCUGCUUGAGAUGCGCAUGUCUGGGUUGAACGUAAACAGCCACCAAAACCCCGGCGAUUUCAGCGCCCGCCCUCUACCUCCCGGUUAUGCCUCCUCUUCGUCGACGAUGUCCCCCGGCGACCGCCAGCAGACCAAAGAAAGCAGUCCUGCGUCCUGUCCUCCAUUGUCACGCAGCGGAUCUAUGUAUGAGUUCAGUGGUGUACCUCCCAAUGAAAUCCCUUUGGUAAGAAGGGGAAGUAUGCCACCUGCUGUCCACGCUCCCCCCGUCACGAUCCCAGAACAGCACAUCCACUCCCAUCCGCAUGGCCACAGUAUGUAUAUGCAGAAUACGGGCACCGAGUCCAAGUACUCGAUUCAGUGGGCUUCAGGUUCAGGGGAUUAUGUCACCCAGCCUCAUCAACACUUCCCGCCGCAAGAUACUCAUUCUUUCGGGUCUGAUACCCCUACCACAGGCACCACAAACGGAGCAUACCCCCAGUCACUUCAUCAUCAGCAACCCGCUUCGCAUCAGCCCCGGCAUCACACACAGGCGCCAACGGACCUGACCUACUCGUCCACUUACCACCUUCGAGAGUCCGUCGCCUCGGACCCUAGUACCAUGGGCGGCACACAUAGCAUGGCUACCAGCAACGGAUUCGUCAUUGGUAUGUCUGUGCCGUCACACCCGGGCCCUUUGUUGGGAAACUUCGCGGGUAAUGGCGUGUAUCAUGGGCAGGAGGCAUGGGGACUUUAAGCGGACUCUCCCGAUUCGGGUUGGAGCCCAGAACUUGUAUCCCUCUUUUUCCAUCCAGCCACCUGCCGCAUCACUCGCACCCUAUUUGAUAUUUCCCGCCCGGUGAGAUCCUGCGAAGCGAGGGUGUGCUU